UGAACAGGAGACCUAAAGGACACUCAAGCUGAGCUGCAAGUCCUCACAGGUUGCUGUCAUCGGUCGCCACCAAGGACAGGAGAGGAGACAAGACCAUGUGGCAGUUUCCUGCUCUGCUCUUCCUCUUCCUCCCAGGCUGCUGCACUGCUCAGGAUCCAGUCACAGGUCCAGCAGAGGUAAGCGGUCAGGAGCAGGGCUCCUUGACAGUGCAGUGCCAAUACACCUCAGGCUGGAAGGAUUACAAGAAGUAUUGGUGUCGAGGAGCUCAUUGGAAGUCAUGUGAGAUUCUCGUUGAAACAGAUACAUCAGAGCAGUUGGUGAAGGAGAACCGUGUGUCCAUCAGGGACAACCAGACAGAUUUCAUCUUCACAGUGACCAUGGAGGAUCUGAGGAUGAGUGAUGCUGACAUUUACUGGUGUGGAAUUACAAAAUUUGGAAAUGAUCACAUGUUUGAAAUUAAUGUGAACAUUGAUCCAGAAAAUUCAACUACAACAAUGACAACGAUAGCCACAGUUGUGACAUCCACACCACCAACCAUGGAGAGCNUUGGCAUGACAACGGUAGCCACAGUUGUGACAUCCACACCACCAACCAUGGAGAGCAUUGGCAUGACAACGGUAGCCACAGUUGUGACACCCACACCAUCAACCACAGAUAGCAUUGGUGUGGAGAACAAUGGCCAGGUGACUCAGAGCUCUCUCUUCAUCUGGUCCCUGCUGAGCAGCAUCUCCUCCGUGCUGAUGGUCUUUGUGGUGGUUCCCCUCCUCCUGAGCAUGCUCAGUGCUGUCCUCUGGGUGAACAGGACUCAGAGACAAAAUGGGGGAGGUGAAAUUAACCUGGUGAACACCCAUAGAUCUGAUGCCCAGGACGGAGAGAAACACUUCCCAGAAGAUGGAAAAUAAUCUCUCUCUCUCUCUCUCUCUCUCUCUCUCUCUCUCUCUCUCUCUCUCUCUCUCUCUGUAUACACCUUGUCAGGACAGAUGUGUAUGUGGAAGACAUCUUCAGGUAUCAUUCCAUUAUUGUGUGAGACAGGAUUUCUCACUGACCUGGACCUUUGCCAAGUUGAUCAGGGAACUGACCAGGGAACUCCUGCCUCCACCCCCCAUCCUGCCAUUGCAAGCACACACAACUGCAGUCACAAAAAAAAACCAACCAACCAAACAAACAAACAAACACUGUCGCUUGUAGGGAUUGAACUCAUGUCCUUUUACUUGUGAGGAAGGCAAGCACUUUACCAACAGAGCCCUCUUCCUAGGCUGGAAAAGAAUCGCUCUAUUAAGGAACAGCUGGGCAUGAGCACCUUGACUCUGAAGUGCCGUGGGCCCAGACUUGGACUAAUCCCACUCCUAAAGCAUGGGCAGCUGAGUUCUGGAACCCAUUCAUGUCCCCUUCUCUCAGAACACCCCACAGUACCUACCUGGGCCUAUCUUCCACUGAUGGUAUCCAGGGAAGUAGAAAAAUACAAGAAAAUAUCAUGUUUGUUCGUAGCAUCCCAGUUCCUUAGAGGACACAUGCUAAUACAAGUCCAUGGGUCACCAUGCAGGUGACUGACCAAAUAUGUGGGAAAUGAGGCCUCACCACAUGGCAAAAUAAUUUGCCAUUGUCACACUGGAUAUCUGUCCCUUACAGAUGGGACACUCCCUGCUUUCUUUUUUGACAACGCAACCCAGUGACUAAGCCCACUGCAAACAAAGAUGGAGCAGUUGAUCUAGGCUCUGUACCAUCUACUCAGGUCCCCAAAUAGUAGGUUAGUCUUGGUCCCUGAAGACUAGAUUCUCUUCCCAGUGAGACCAAAUGGGGAGCUAAGCUGCAGGAAGCAGCUGCCCUCUCAGGAGUCAGGAACCCACAUCACCCCAUGACCCCUCCAGGGACAGUCUCUGCACCAGGCCCUUCCACUCUCUCCCUUUCACUCAGACACAUCUAUUGAAUGUCUAAGUAUUUACACCCCCUCCACAUACAAGCUCCAAAAUAAGACAGACCCAAUUAAAGUCCACAGAGGAAGUCAAGGGGCUCAAAGGUAAAUGCUCAGGGGAAAACAGUUGUUCUCAGCCCACCAUCCUCAGCCAUCCUUAGCUCUGCUCCACAACACAGUCUCUCCUCCAGUGGGGCUCUGACACCCACAGCCAAACUCACACCUAACUGUGAACUCCCACCUAACACGGGGGUACUCCCACUUUGUGUGAGCAGAGUCCCCCGGUUAGCAUCUUCUCCUUGAUGACCUGUGUUGGGCUCUAGUGAGCCUGCCUCUUAUUAAGAGGACGGUUUUCACUUGCUUCUGGGGUAAAGCUGCUGGUCAGUUGGCCAUGUUUCCACCCAUGCUUAGAUAAACAAUCAUGGUUAAACUCUGUGGGACACACACACACACACACAAACAUACACACACACACACACACACACACACCCUAUAUAAUCAGGAGAGGGUCUCAUUAGAGCCUGUAGGCCAGGCAGUGAUGGAGCAUGGCUUUUUUCCCAGUGCUCAGGAGGCCUCAGAGGCAGGUGGAUUUCUGAGUUCAAAGCCAGUGUGAUUUACACAGUGAG